AUGGAAGCCAAAGGAGCAAUCAAGUAUAGUUCCAUUAUAGUUCCUUGUGUUCAGCAGAUGGUGAAGGAGAAGAUGAUCACGACGGUUCCUCCCAAGUAUGUUCGGUCUGAUCUAGACAAAUCUGAGAUGGCUGAUGACUCUGGUCUAAACAACAAGAUCCCAAUCAUCGACAUGAAUCGUUUGUGUUCUUCAACCUCCAUAGACUCUGAGAUUGAUAAGCUCGACUUUGCUUGCAGAGAAUGGGGAUUUUUUCAGGCAAGUCUCAAAUAG